AUGCGUCACCACCAUCAUCAUGUUACAAAAGAUGUUCGUAUGCAUAAUCCAAAAGCUGCUGGUGAACACCAUUCGGUAUCACCACCUGAUAAACCGAGUCACAACCACCAUCAUCAUGAACAACAGAUGAAAGACAUGACCAUUUGUGAUGGUUGUAAUCGGCAGAAUAUUGAUUCAUUUUACUAUCAAUGUGAACACUGUCAAGACUAUGAAUUAUGCUAUAAAUGUCGUAGUCGUAGUGUAACAACAAAAUUUCAUACAAAUACUCAUAGAAUGAUAUUUUUAUCAGAUAAAAUAAUGCCAUCAAUUGAUAUUAACGAAUUAGAAUUCAAACGAGAAUUGGGUCGUGGUGCCUUUGGUAUUGCUUAUAAAGCUUAUUGGCCAUCACGAAAUCGUACGGUGGCAUGUAAAGUAAUUACAGUACCAGUUGAUAUUUUUACUAAUGAUAAAGAAAAAAGUUUUUUUAAAGAAAUUUCUGCCUAUUCACAAAUAUCCGGCCACUAUAUAUUGAAAACAUACGGUUAUUCACAAAAAAUAUUAGAAAAUGGUAAUAGAGAGUAUGUACUCGUCAUGGAAUAUAUGGAUAAAGGCAGUUUAACAUCGUUAAUACAUGAGAAAAAAGAAAAAUUAACCUUUAGAAAAAAAUUGUUGAUAGCUUGUAAUAUUGCUAGUGGAAUGCGCAAAAUUCACGAUCAUCAAAUGAUACAUCGUGAUAUUAGACCAGAUAAUAUCUUAAUUAAACAGGGUUACACUGCAAAAAUUGGUGAUAUGGGUAUUGCUCGAAUAAUGAGUCGAUCUAAACAACACACAGUUAUUGGAUAUGAACCAUACAUGCCAUUGGAAUUCUAUACGGGUAUUUAUGAUCAAAAACUAGAUAUAUUUACAUUUGGUUUAACAUUGAAUGAACUGUUUACCGAGAUACUACAUGAUAAACAUCCGAAUAAACGAGUUAUAAUUACUAAACAGAGUCCAGUAUUUUGGGACCUCAUAUCUAAUUGUAUUCAUGAUGAUCCACAACGACGACCAACUGCGUUAGAAGUUGAAAUAAAAUUAUACAAAUUCAAAGAUUCAUUAACUGAAAUGAUCAAACGAACUAAAGAUUAUAAUAUAUUCUCCCAUGAUAAGAAAAAUCACUUUUUUGUGAACUACUAUGAACAAAGACAUUUAUAA